GUUCACUGGGGCCAGGGAUAAUCAAGAAGAAUUGCUCACCCAAGGACCAGGUGGACCUCUUAUUCUCAGGAAGAAUGGCACCAGCUGUGGCCUGGCUCCUGUUCCUCCAGCUUGUUCAAGGACCAACUCUGGUCGUGGACAUCAGCAUAGAGGAUGCCAUCCAGAACUUUCGAACCAUGCACAUUGACUAUCCCAAGGUUAACUACCCAGAGGGUUUCCAGGGCUACUGUAAUGGUCUGAUGGCCUAUGUGAGGGGCAGACAACAAAGCUGGUAUUGCCCAAAGAGGCAUUAUGUGAUACAUGCUCCCUGGACGGACGUUCAGAAGUCCUGCAAGUACUGUGAAAGCUUCUGUGAGAAUUACAAUGAAUACUGUACACUCUCUGAGGACUCCUUUCCCCUCACAAUCUGCUCUCUGGAGACCAAACAGCCACCCACCAGCUGCCGCUACAAUAGCAGCCUAAACAACCAAAGGCUCUACCUGCUCUGUUCCCAAAAGUAUGAUGGUAAACCAAUAGGUAUCAUUGGCCUCUACUAGGGAAGGGAGGCUUUCACUGUGAACCACCCUCUACUGCCACCACGACCAGCCUGUCCCCCUUUUCAAAACUCUGAUUCCUGAUACAAUGCUUCCCCCUGACUUUGAAGGUAGGCCGGGUUCCCUCCAAAGAGACCAGGGAGGUAGAAAAAAUGUUCAGAGCUUUAGUCACCAUGCAGAAUCAUACCGUCUUUUAGGCUUUUUCCAGCUUGUUUACUUCUCCUCUUCCUCAUCAUCUGCCCUCUCCCACAGACAGUUUUACCCACCCAAGAAGCCGAGUGUGUCCAGUUGGCAGUGCCUGUCCAUCCACUGGGCCAGAUACUGAAUCCUGGAUGGAGGCCCAGAGCCUCAGCUCACACCAUGGCAACAGGCACCAGCUCGAUGUUUCGACUCCCUAUCCCCACCACCCUUCUCUUUUCAGUCUUCCCCAUUUCCCUACGACUCUCUCCACUCACCCACAUAAUGGAUACACUAGCUUUAGGGACCUCCCUGAGACCUUUAGGUUAAUUUUAGUCUCAUAUCCCUAGAAUCCCGUCGCAGUUCCCUGUCUGCUCCUCUCCAUGAAAUCGUUUUCUUCAUGUAACCUGUUCUUUCCUCUCUCCUUCUAUCAAGGAACCCAGUGUCUCUCCCCUACACUCCCAGCCUCCUUUAGUCACCCUGUCUUCUCCAACUUCUUUUCCACAAUUCUCACCUUGGCUCACUGAAGUUUAAAGUUAUUUUUUUCUGGCCUAUCCCCCCUCCCCUCAAGAGUCUGGCAUCCUGUUCCCAAAGCUCAUCCUGAUGUUCUCUAGACUCUAAGAUCUGCUGCUGGCAAAAUAGGUGAGGUGGGCCUAGAUGUAGGCACAGAAGAUUUUAAAGCUACAUCUGAGUUGUGUAAGCUAGAACCAUUGGAUGAAACCGGGUAAAGUGUACAUGGGAC